AUGGUCGGCGCUGGGUGCAAGGUGAAAAUUUGGAUCACCGACUGGUUCGUGCAGCUCAACAACAAGAUGGGAGGUGACCUGAAGAAAAUCCAGACGGUCGGGCGCUACAUGAUUGAGAUUUGGAAAGCGGCUGGAAUGAACCUCGACAGGGUGGAGUUCCUGUGGUCGCGCGCAUGA